AUGAGUACCCUCGUGCCCCAAUGGAUGACUCGCGCAUUCCAACACACCCAGAACCACAGCCAUACUACCCUCCUCCACAGUCGAUGGGCGGUGAACACGGUCGUCAGCCAUACGGUUACGGUAACCAGUACCACAACAACCAUCACGACCAACAGGACGGUGAACUAUCCACGACAAGACUGUUUGUCAGACUUCCCCUUUGACGUGCAAGAUGCAGAAUUGAACGAGAUAUUUGGUCCCUUCGGUCCAAUGAAGGAGGUGAAGAUCUUGAAUGGAUUCGCUUUUGUCGAGUUUGAGGAAGCAGACUCUGCGUCGAGAGCGAUCGAGGAGGUUAACGGGAAACUGUUCGCCAACCAACCUUUGGAGGUCGUGUUUUCCAAGAUGCCAGCUAAGAGAUACCGUAUGAUGAUGAGGAAUCUCCCAGAGGGUUGCUCUUGGCAGGAGUUGAAAGAUUUGGCUCGUGAACACAACUUGGACACUACUUUCUCCAGUGUUAACACCAGAGACUUCGAUGGUACCGGUGCGUUAGAAUUCUCCUCAGAGGAAGUUUUGGAGGAUGCGUUGACGAAGUUGAACAACAUCGAGUUCAGGGGUCAAGUUAUCACCGUCGAGAGAGACGAUAACCCACCUCCUAUCAGAAGAUCCAACAGAGGUGGAUUCAGAGGCCGUGGUGGUUUCAGAGGUGGUCCAAGAGGUGGGUUCCGUGGUGGUUUCCGCGGCGGUUUUAACAACGGUCCAAGAGGCGGGUUCCGUGGCGGUUACGGCGGUCCACCAAGAGGUAGUUAUGGUGGCCCCAGAGGUGGUGACCGCGGUUUCGGUGGCCCACCAAGAGGCAGUUACGGCGGUGGUCCAAGAGGCGACUACGGGCCCCAAGAGGUGACCGGCGGUGGAUACGGCGGGCCUCCAAGAGGCAGUUACAGCAGUGGUCCAAGAGGUGGCUAUGGCGCCCCACCAAGAGGCGGCUAUGGCGGCGGUGCACCAAGAGGCGAUUACGGCGCUCCAAGAGAUUCCUACAGAUCUAGAGACUUUGCUCCAAGGGAACACUCCCCAACAAGGUAA